GGCACCCGGCUGGAAGAAAGAAGAAGAGUCCGCGCGGAUCCGCCCCGGCACGGUCCGACGCCUCGCGCCGAGGAUUGGCACGGCACCGGCAAACGCAAAGCAAAGUAAUCAGGCUGGCAGGAAAAAGGAUCGACACACGGCCGUGGACGACUCCGCCCGCACGCCCCCGCGCCACGGACAAAACCACUACCACCGGAGAAGGGGGCAAGCGCGCGCGCGCGACGCACGCGGGAGAAGCCCCCAGUCCUCCUCCUCCCCACCGCACCGAGGCUCCCGGCGGGAUGGGCGCGGGGAAUGGCCUGAGCAACGGCGCCGCGGCCGGGGCCGAGGCGGCGCCCGACGGGACCACGGUGGUCAGGGCCACGGCCUACUCGCCGCUGCGCACCACGCUGGCGCUGGCGCUCUGGCUGGGGGCCAUCCACUUCAACGUCCUCCUCGUCAUCGCCUCCCUCUUCCUCCUCCCCCGCCGCGUCGCCGCCAUGGUGCUCGGCACGCAGCUCUUCUUCAUGCUCCUGCCCCUCAAUGACAAGAGCAGGCUGGGGCGCAAGAUCGCCAGAUUCAUAAGCAAGUACGUCGUUGGGUACUUCCCCGUCACUCUACAUGUGGAGGACUACAAGGCCUUUGACCCCAAAAGAGCUUACGUGUUCGGUUAUGAACCGCAUUCUGUUCUGCCCAUCGGCCUUGGGGCCCUCCUGGACCUUGUUGGAUUCAUGCCAUUGCCAAAGACCAAGGUCCUUGCAAGCACCGCGGUGUUCUACACUCCGUUCUUGAGGCAGAUAUGGACGUGGCUGGGGUUGGUUCCAGCUUCUAGAAAGAAUUUCAACUCCUACCUUCGAGCUGGUUAUACCUGCAUCGUAGUGCCUGGAGGUGUGCAGGAGAUGCUUCACAUGGAUCAUGAUUCAGAGGUUGCCUUUCUGAAAUCAAGAAAAGGUUUUGUUAAGAUCGCUAUGGAGACAGGUUCUCCUUUAGUCCCAGUUUUCUGCUUCGGACAGAGCCUUGUGUACAAGUGGUGGAGGCCAGGUGGCAAGUUGAUUGUGAAGAUUGCUAGAGCAAUUAAAUUUACUCCAAUUAUUUUCUUCGGGAAAUACGGGACUCCCAUCCCUUUCGCGACACCACUUCAUCUGGUUGUUGGAAGACCAAUCGAGGUUCAGAAAAACCCUCAGCCUACAUAUGAUGAGAUAAACGAGGUACAUGAACAAUUUGUGGUUGCGAUGCAAGAACUAUUUGAGAAGUACAAGACAAAAGCUGGAUAUGACAAACUCGAAUUGAGGGUUCUAUGAUGGCCGUUCCAACAUCCAGACAUAGGAUCUUUCAAAGUUGCGUUUACAGGGUUCGGUAGCAUUCAAACUGGGGUGUGUUUAUGUCAAGCCUUCGCCAGGAUUCAGUAGCUCUGAAUGUGUAGGAAAUCCCAGCAGCUGGAAUGACUUGCUCACCUGGCCUUGCAGAACACAUAAAAAUGUAAAAAUUGCAUACAUUUGCGUGCUCAUAAAGCGCUCAAGAGAUAAGACAUAGGAUGUACCAAUUGUAUAUUUGUUUGCUCAUAAAGCACCGAGGAGUUUCUUCACAUUCAUGUAAGAUGUGUUGGUUCCAUUCAGGCGGAGCAGAAAGGAUCAAACUUGACAACA